AUGCAUACGGUGCAACCACUGGGCUCUUCCAUGCGAUCUUUUGCUGAAUUGCUUGCGUUCUUCAACUGUGCUACCAUGUGCAUGUCCGCGCCUGUGGAUACCUCGGCGGAAUUACGCAACGGCUGCUGA